UUACACAAGCAUUUGGUGUGUCACAGUAUCAGCAUAUUCAACAAUCUUAUUCCCAACUUUUCCAUACUAAGAAGGCUGACUGGAAUCACCAAUCGAAGCAAGAUGAUCUGAAAACCCAAGUCAUUUUUGGAGCUAAUCGAUGAGGAGGAGGGGGAGGAGAAAAUACCAAAUCCAGAAAAAUUGACGAGCUCUCAACAUGGGGAUGUCAAAAGAGAAUCUGAAAGGUGUCGUUUUGGCGUUGGCUUCAAGUGGAUUCAUUGGGGCAAGCUUCAUCAUUAAGAAGAAAGGUCUUAGAAGAGCAGCUGCAGCUACUGGUGUCAGAGCUGGUGUUGGAGGGUAUUAUUAUCUAUUGGAGCCGCUCUGGUGGUUAGGAAUGGUCACAAUGAUUGUUGGAGAGGUUGCAAACUUUGUUGCAUAUGCAUUUGCCCCAGCAGUUCUAGUCACUCCACUUGGUGCACUGAGUAUCAUUGUGAGUGCGGUUUUGGCUCACUUUAUUUUGAAAGAGAGGCUGCACCCUCUUGGAAUGUUGGGCUGUGUAAUGUGCAUUGCUGGUUCUGUCAUUAUUGUCAUUCAUGCGCCUGGAGAGCGUACUAUCACAUCUGUUCAGGAAAUAUGGAAUUUGGCUACCCAACCAGCAUUUCUGGCAUAUGUGUGCUCGGUAGCGGUAUUGGUUUUCAUUUUGGUCUUCCAUUUUUCACCGCGGUGUGGCCAUACCAAUGUGCUGGUUUUUACUGGAAUUUGUUCGUUGAUGGGAUCCCUCUCUGUGAUGAGUGUUAAAGCCCUUGGAACUUCAUUGAAGUUGACAUUUGAAGGGGUGAAUCAAUUAGUCUACCCUGAAACAUGGUUCUUUAUGUUGGUUGUGGCUAUAUGCGUCAUCACUCAAAUGAAUUACCUCAAUAAGGCUCUUGACACCUUCAACACUGCAAUUGUGUCUCCCAUAUAUUAUGUAAUGUUCACAACACUCACAAUCUUAGCCAGCGUAAUAAUGUUUAAGGAUUGGGAAGGCCAAAGUUUUGGGACUAUCGCAUCAGAAGUAUGUGGAUUUAUUGUUGUGCUCGCUGGCACCAUUUUGUUGCAGGUGUCCAAGGACUAUGAGAGAAGUCCUUCUUUUGGAGGUAGCAAUUCUGCAGUUUUAUCGCCUUCAUUUUCUACCCUACUUUGUGCUGGCAAUGGAGAAUUCUUUAAGCUAGCUGAUGAAAAUGCGGCCCCUUCUGAGGUUAUGAGCUUAAGAAGACAAGAAUCACAUUAGAUGGUUUCUUUUCUUUUUUUCUUUUUUUCCAUUCUGUCACAGUGGAAGAAGGCAAAGCGUGAACUCUGGAGAAUCCAAAGGAAAGGUCUGUCGGAUGGUAAUGAUGCCACGUGGCAAUUCAAGUAGUUCUGAAAUCAUAAUAUGAUGGGGAAAUUCCUGAACACAUUCUGUUCAUAAUAAUGUAUGAGCAUCUCAGGAAUUUAGUGUCAUGGAUUUUCCAGUUUCGAAGACGAUUCAAGAACUGAUAUGUUGCAGUCGGUUGCACAUUUGUACAGUGUGUCCAUAGUUGCUGGGUUCUGAUGAAAAGGUUUGCCUUCCUUGUGAAAUUUAGAAAUAGGAAAAGAUUUAUUGGAUUUGUUUAAAGACUAGCUUGAUUAUGAGAGGGAUUGUUAUGAAGAAGUGAAAAAAAGUGAUUAGGGCUAGAGAUUACCUCGGCUUUUGUUUGUAAAGUAUUGAGGUGUACAGGGAAUCAAGCAGUAAUUCUGUUCAUUAUAUUUGUUUCCCCCUUGUGAAAAAGAAAUAUUCUUUCUCAUGCAUCAAUUUUUAUUGUUGAAAAUGAUUCUCAUAGUCGAUUUUAUAUA